AUGGCUGCACGCCGAGCUACUUGGAAAGAGUUGCCAUUCGCCUCAAUAAGAAAAGUUCACAAGAGUCUGCUUCUGGCGGGUCAUCCUCUACCGGAUCUGCUGAAUAAAAUAGAAGCUGCCGAUGUUAACGUGGAACGAUUGAGGCCGGCAGAUCAUCAUUUUAUUUGCCACCGUUUUGUCGCUUAUGGCAUGAUGUCGGAAUUUUCACCACUGGUAAAAAGGCAGGGGGCAGGGGCGCUCAAUGCAGCGCUUAUACCACUAGCAAAAAACUUUGAUCUUGUCGCAAGUUUCAUGCCAGCCUAA